GUUCUGCCUCACCUACAACCCACCGUUAAAGUCUACGCUGCUGAAGUUGAACCUAAAGAUGCUAAUGCUUUAGUAAGGAAGUUGAAUAACAUCUGUCCAAUGGAAAAUAUGCGGCAUGUAAAGCGCAUACGCAAGAAGUGCCUUGAUGGAGGAAAGCCUCAGUUAUCAUUGAUUUUGUCAGUGUUAAUGGAAGGUGAUAGUGACAUGCCAAGUGAUGUGCUGGAGCUUGUCAAAGCAUACCAGUUGAGUACUUUCAUAGCAAAAGUCUGCAAGUAUGCCGCAUUAACGAAAGAAGAAUGGGAAGAACAAUGUAAGCUGUGGCCGACUUCCUUCCAUCCACCAACAUACAACAUAAGUGGAAUAACAGGGUUUAAUGAAGCGGAAUCACAGUUAGUUUUCAGCUUCAUGCAAUUGGCUUGUAAUAAUGCAAAAUCCGACUAUGGCCUGAUGACAAAUGCUGCCAUAAUUGUGGACCCUUCAACCAAUAAGGUGAUUGCAAGUGCCUGUGAUGAAGUGAUAUCUUUGAAUGGGUCCAGAAAUGAGGUUAAGGAGGGUAUAAGCUGCUCUAGACAACCAGAAGCCUCCCCUCACUAUAGAUCAACUGAUAUGGCUGACCAAACAAAGUUUCCUGCAGAUGAUUCCUCAGAAAAGGCUUUGUCAUCAUUAAAUGAUAAUAAUGUUUCAUGUUUGCAUCCCUGGAAGUGGGUGGAUCACCAAUUUCCUCCCAGCCUCGGUUCUUGGCAUCCUUUACGGCAUGCGGCUAUUGUUGCUAUUGACCAGUCUUCUGCAAGGGAUAGAGGGCUUUUUCCUACCACAGUAAACAAUUUCCUUCAGGAGGAUUGCUUGCUUUCUCCUCUUGUUGGUUGUCCAUUAAAAAAACAAAGAAUCAAUCCAACAGAUGUGAACGAUUUGGAUGACCUGCAAACUGUAAACUCUUCUGAAUCAAGCAGACCCUAUUUAUGUACAGGCUAUGACAUCUACCUUGUUUGGGAACCAUGUAUUAUGUGUGCAAUGGCCCUUGUCCAUCAGAGAGUUAGGCGUAUAUUUUAUGCUUUCCCAAAUCACAAGGCUGGUGCAUUGGGAAGUGUUCACAGAUUACAAGGAGAAAGAAGCUUGAAUCACCACUAUGCUGUUUUCAGGGUUUUGUUCCCAACAGAUAUUUUAGAUUCAGGGACUACUUGAAAUUAUGAAAAACCGAAGUCCGUAUAGCAAUUUUGAGUCUUUGAUGUCCUGAUCAUUAUUAUUGUGAUGAAAAAUAGUAUGUAUGGGAUUCAUAAUCUUGAGAAUUGUAAUUAUCCUCCAUCCAUAAAUCUUAAGGCCAACAUGAUUCAGCAUCUGGAACAGCUUUGCUGCGUGAUCCUAUUAUUGGCUUGUUUGGGUGAAAUCUAUGUAACCAUUGUCAUGUUUCGGUCAAACAAUGCAGAUAAUUC